AUGGGAACCGUGUACGAAGCUGAUGGAUAUAGGAUUCAUUACAAAGGGUGGAAUGCUCGAUACGAUGAAACGGUUAAAUUCGAAGAUAUAGAUGCGCGAAUGCACAAAGGAACACUGGAAGAUUAUGCUGCAAAAUACGGAGUAGACGUAACACCGACAAAAUCAAAAAAGAAGUCAAUGAAGGCAGCAACGCCAGGUGCUCCAGGAUCUUCAGUAGAGCCAGUGGAUCCAGCUGUAGAAAGAGGAGCAUAUGAAAGUCACGAAGGAACACCGACGUCUUCUAGAGCUUCUGGAGGAAGAAGUUCCAAGAAGGAUAAAGAAGAUUCAACUCCAUACACUGCAGUUCCAAUGGUCGUUCACCUCACUUCUCCGCUCAAAAAGAUUCUAAUUGACGAUAAUGUUCUUAACAACAAGGGUUACAUCACCAAGAUACCAGCGAAGUUCACCAUCGAUCAAAUCAUCACUGAUUACAUCAAAACGAUACCAGUAACGAAGGACCAGCUCCAAAACGUGGACGACGUGGUCGUUGAGUAUGACUCCCGCGACGUCUCCAAUCUGGCACUGGUUUGCACCGCCCGUGCACUCGUCGACUAUUUCAAUGUCAUCAUUGGUUACCACUUGCUCUACAAAAUCGAGCGAGAGCAGUUCCAUGAUCUCGUCAAACAGAAGUCGAAAGGUCGCAAUUAUUCUGUUGGAACUGUCGCCACAAUGCCCGACAAUGGAUUCCGUGCAUCGUCUGAAUAUGGAUUCAUUCAUUUGUUGAGAAUGAUGGCGAAACUUCCGGAUCUGUUGAAACUUACCCAGUGGAAUGCACAUCUUUGCAAUCGAAUCAUGAUUGGAGUUCACGAUUUCGUCGUUUUCCUUAACAAGAACCAUGCGCAAUACUACGGUGAUCGUGAUGACUACGAGACGAAGACUGUCGAAUACUUCCAACGAAUGGCUGAUUCCGAGCAGAGCGCCGCCGAGGGUGCCGACGAUCAACCGAGUACCAGCGCUAGCACCAAAUGCAAAUAA